UCAUAAAUGGCGCCUGCCAUUUUGGACUGUGCGUGCUCUCUGGGAGCGCGAGGCACCGCGAUCCGGUGCCGCUGUGUCCGGAACACCGAUCGCUGUACGGGACCUCUGUGUGUGGUCCCGAUCAUUGAUCAGCCAAUCAGUGAUCACAUGAAUAGGUGUAAGCAAGAUGUCACUUCUGACAUCAUUGCUUACUACAUGUGAAAUCUGUGAAUGAUCACAGAGAUCACAGGGUACAAGGCUAUUCACAACAGCCUUGUACCAUGUGACAAGCUGUAACCAAUCACAGCUCUC